AUGAGAACCUUAACUGCCAUCUCUGCAACAACAGCAACAAAAUCUUCAUUGGAAUCAUUGCCGCCAACACCAGCCAUGGCUGUUCAGCAGCAGCGCUCGCCAUGGCACUCUCCGGUGCCAUACCUCUUCGGAGGCCUGGCAGCGAUGCUGGGUCUUAUUGCUUUUGCUCUGUUGAUCCUGGCCUGCUCUUACUGGAAGCUUUCGAGCCGAUUGGAAGACAGAGAAGGAGGCGGAAGGGACUUGGAGAGUGGCGGUGGUGAUGAGAAAGAUCAAGGCGAGGAGUCUAGCAAGACAGUGAAGGUUUUUGAAGAGAAGAUUUUGGUGAUAAUGGCUGGAAAUGAGAACGCAACAUUUUUGGCGACGCCUGUUUCAUUGUGCUCUAAAGUUGCUUCCUUUGGUGCUGAUAAGCACGUUGUUGAUGAAGAGGGAGAGAGUAAAGAUGGAGAUAAAGAAGAGAGUUCUUCUGAGAAAAUGAAAGAGGAAUUGGGAGCCCAGCAUCUUGAUGAAGCGGUGAGUGGUAUUCAAAACAGCGAUACAGAAACCCAACAGGGGCAAUUAGAAGAAGAAGAAGAAGAAGAAGCCCACCAUCAUCAAAACCAGUGA